AUGCGCGGCCCCCCGGUUUGGCCGCUGCGACUGCUCCUGAGGCGCGGCGCAGCCGCCCGCUCCCCCGAGACCCGGACGCUGUCGACGCACCCGGCGUUUGCGAGGCCUGGGGGCGUGGAGCCGGCGCUGCUCGCGGGUGGCUGGGCCGCGCCAGCCCUGCGGCGAUGGGCGGGCGGGGGUCCCGGCGGCCCCGCGGGCGGCGCGGGCCUGGCGCGUCUCCUGGCGCUCUGGGAGCGGCCCCCCGGGCUGUCUAGGUGCUGGGCGCUCUCCGGGCCCGUCGUCUCCAGGCUCGCGCGCUCCGCGCUUCCUGGCUGCUCGACCUUGGUCGCGCGGGCCGCGGGGGAGGCUUGGCGGCGCGGGCCGGCCUUGCCUGCGGCCGCGGCGACUCCCGAUCGUGAUCCGGCCUGGCCCGCAGCGGCCAGGCGCUCGGAGGCGCAGAAGCUCCUGAGCCUGGCGCAGCCCGAGCGCCGGAGGCUGGCAGCUGCAGUUGGGUUUCUGGCGGUGUCCAGUGUCAUCACCAUGUCCGCCCCCUUCUUCCUGGGGAAGAUCAUCGAUGUCAUCUACACAGACCCCUCUGCAGACUGCAGCUCCAGCCUGACCCGCCUCUGCCUGGCGCUCGGAGGCGUGUUCCUGUGUGGUGCCGCGGCCAAUGCCGUCCGUGUCUACCUCAUGCAGACGUCAGGUCAGCGCAUCGUGAAUAGGUUGAGAGCUUCGCUCUUCUCCUCAGUGCUGAGGCAGGAGGUGGCUUUCUUUGACAAGACACGCACAGGAGAGCUUAUCAACCGUCUGUCCGCAGACGCAGCCCUCCUGGGGCGCUCAGUGACGGAGAACCUCUCAGACGGGCUCAGGGCUGGAGCACAGGCUUCGGUUGGCAUCGGCAUGAUGUUUUUUGUCUCCCCUAAACUGGCCACUUUUGUUCUGAGCGUGGUGCCUCCAAUAUCCAUCAUCGCAGUGCUUUAUGGUCGAUACCUACGGAAACUGACCAAAGUCACUCAGGACUCCCUGGCACAAGCCACUCAGCUAGCUGAGGAACGUAUUGGAAACAUCAGAACUGUUCGAGCUUUUGGGAAAGAAAUGACUGAAAUAGAGAAAUACACCAGCAAAGUGGACCAUGUGAUGCAGUUAGCAAGGAAAGAGGCAUUUGCUCGGGCUGGCUUCUUUGGAGCAACUGGGCUCUCUGGGAACCUGAUCGUGCUUUCUGUCCUGUACAAAGGUGGGCUGCUGAUGGGCAGUGCCCACAUGACAGUGGGCGAACUCUCCUCCUUCCUAAUGUAUGCUUUCUGGGUUGGAGUAAGCGUCGGAGGUCUCAGCUCCUUCUACUCAGAGCUAAUGAAGGGACUGGGUGCUGGAAGCCGCCUCUGGGAGCUCCUUGAGAGAGAACCUGAGCUUCCUUUCAAUGAGGGGGCUGUUUUGAAUGAGAAAAACUUCCAGGGCGUUUUGGAGUUCAAGAACGUGCAUUUCGCCUAUCCAGCUCGCCCAGAGGUGCCCAUAUUCCAGGAUUUCAGCCUUUCCAUCCCAUCAGGAUCCGUCACAGCACUGGUUGGCCCAAGUGGUGCUGGCAAAUCCACAGUGAUUUCCCUCCUGCUGAGAUUGUAUGACCCUGGCUCUGGAACAAUCAGCCUGGAUGGCCACGACAUCCGUCAGCUAAACCCAGUCUGGUUGAGAUCCAAGAUUGGGACAGUGAGUCAGGAGCCAAUUUUGUUUUCUUGCUCAAUUGCGGAGAACAUUGCAUAUGGUGCAGACGACCCCGCCUCAGUGACCACUAAGCAGAUAGAGCAGGCAGCCGCUGUAGCCAAUGCAGCUGCUUUCAUCCAAAAUUUCCCUCAAGGAUUCAACACUGUGGUCGGAGAAAAGGGCGUUCUCCUCUCAGGUGGGCAGAAACAGAGAAUUGCAAUUGCCCGUGCUCUGCUUAAGAAUCCCAAAAUUCUUCUCCUAGAUGAAGCAACCAGCGCACUGGAUGCUGAGAACGAGCACCUCGUACAGCAAGCCCUCGACCGACUGAUGGAAGGAAGGACAGUGCUCAUCAUUGCCCACCGUCUGUCCACGAUUAAGAACGCCAACGUGGUAGCUGUCCUUGACCGGGGGAGAAUCAUCGAGUGUGGGAAACAUGAAGAGCUGCUUUUGAAACCAGAUGGGAUGUACAGGAAGUUAAUGAACAAACAGAGUUUUGUUUCAGCAUAAAGAAGCGAUUACUGGGAAACUUAAUAUGAGAGGUUUUAAAGCAAAGCUGCACUGUGCGGGAAAAAAAACUCAGACUGUAUGAAAUCUGUAAAUCAGACUUCAAGUCAUUUGAAAUCUGCCUAUUUUUUCCAAAGUUUGUAAAAUAGUUUUGAGAUGGAUCUGUUCUGAAGACCUUUUUAUUCAGAAUUUUAUUUUUAUUUUUUUUUAAUUGCAAAUCAAUCCAUUUAUUAAAGUAUGCAUUAUAGAACAGCUUAUAGAGUAAUGUAAGGCCUGCUUUCUGAUGUGAAUAGAGCUGUGCAUUCAAUUAAAAGUUAAAUUCUAAAUUAAAAUUUCCUAUUUGGAACAAAAAAAAAUUCUUCUUUGGUACAGAAAAGUCUCAAGUCUAAGACAAUAAACUGAUUUUUUAUGCACAUCUGUAAUAUUUUUUUUUUUUUUUUGCAUCUGGAUUUUUUUUUUUUUUUUAUUAGUUGGAGGCUAAUUACUUCACAACAUUUCAGUGGGUUUUGUCAUACAUUGAUAUGAAUCAGCCAUGGAUUUACACGUAUUCCCCAUCCCGAUCCCCCCUCCCACCUCCCUCUCCACCCGACUCCUCUGGGUCUUCCCAGUGCACCAGGCCUGAGCACUUGUCUCAUGCAUCCCACCUGGGCUGGUGAUCUGUUUCACCAUAGAUAGUAUACAUGCUGUUCUUUUGAAAUAUCCCACCCUCACGUUCUCCCACAGAGUUCAAAAGUCUGUUCUGUAUUUCUGUGUCCCUUUUUCUGUUUUGCAUAUAGGGUUAUCAUUACCAUCUUUCUAAAUUCCAUAUAUAUGUGUUGGUAUGCUGUAAUGUUCUUUAUCUUUCUGGCUUACUUCACUCUGUAUAAGGGGCUCCAGUUUCAUCCAUCUCAUUAGUACUGGUUCAAAUCAAUUCUUUUUAAUGGCUGAGUAAUAUUCCAUGGUGUAUAUGUACCACAGCUUCCUUAUCCAUUCAUCUGCUGAUGGGCAUCUAGGUUGCUCAGAAUUUUAAUAAUUAUAACUUUCUAAAUGGUCUAGAGCACUGAUGUUAUUUUCAGGUAUUGUAUUUUAUCUUAGAAUAUUUUGAUUAAUAGAGCAUGGCACCUCAUUUUCUUUUAUCUGCUGUUAUAAAUUGAAGUUAUUGUCAUAUGACAACUUUUAAAAGGGAAUUAUAAAUAAAAAGCCUAAUUAUUUUAGGCCAGUUCACCAAUCACUGUGUAAUCUGUUGGUAGUACUCUACCUACUUUGGGUCUCAUCUUACCACGUAGCAUGAUAGAUGGUGAAAAAUCUAACCCUUUAUUUUAUCCUGCUAAUCUCAUAAAGCAACCUAUACAUAUAUUGUUCAGUUGCUAAGUCGUGUCCUACUCUUUGCAACCCCAUGAGCUUCAGCACGCUAGGCUUCCCUGUCUUUCACCAUCUCCUGGAGCUUGCUCAAACUCAGGUCCAUUGAGCCAGUGAUGCCGUCCAACCAUCUCAUCCUCUGUCGUCCCCUUCUCCUCUUGCCCUCUGUCUUUCUCAGCAUCAGGUUCUUUUCCAAUGAGUUGCCUCUUUGCAUCAGGUGACCAAAGUAUUGGAGCUUCAGCUUCAGCUCUAGUCCUUCCAAUGAAUAUUCAGGGUUGAUUUCUUUUAGGAAAUACAUAUAUAUACAGAAAUACGUAAUGUCACAUGGCCAGGAGGGCUCGUUUAUAUUUCCUGUCUCCUCUGUCUUCGAAGGGAUGAAAGUACAGGAACAUGUGUUCUUUUGAGCUGAGACUGUGUUUGCACGUGUGCAGUUUUUCACGGUUUCGGCACCUGAGAGCCUGAUGGAUUUUAAAAAGGGAAGAAGCCCCAUCCUUUGAAUAUGAGAACUUCUGUUUUCAUUAUUCGUGUAUUUGGGAAGUGAGGCAUGAACUGCCAGGUAUUAUCAAAAAAGUUGUAAUUUUACCCUUAGGUUGUCUGUAAGCAUGUAUCUUGAAAAUUAUCUUUUAAGAGUUUAUUAUUCCUACUCAAAUUUUACAGUGUUUUUUCAGUUAAAUAGUUAUGAAAUUUCAUUCAAUGAGGCUAAAUUCCAAAAUUAUUAAUAUAGCUGUAAUUUAAAUCUUAAAACAUUUGAAGGAAGCUUAUACAUUCUACAAAACGUCAAGAAACCUUAAGAGCUUGUCACCCUCUGAAAAGAGGAUAUAAUUAACCAUCUUUCUUCUAUUUGUUGUUAUAGUUAAAGCUAAACUUCUCAAAAAUUCCUCAAGCAAUGUUUUGAGCAUUGCUUUGGAUUUGUUGUAUUCAUGUCAGCACUAUUAAGUUGCCGUUCCCUCAAGAAAAAGUACUUUUUCUGUAAUGAUAAUGUCAGAACCUAAGAAGUAACAUCGUUGAUAUGACUAAAAAGGAAGUCUUCUCAGGUCCUAAGUAUUGUGAUUAACUUCCUGAUUAUACUGGAAGAAACCACUAUUUCAUGAUAAGCAUGGAGUAUUACAUUUUAUUCCACAUAAGGGAAUUCAUUAAUGAAUUCAGUGAAUAAAUGAACUCUGUUCUUUGAAUUUAAACAGUACAUCUGUGACAAUCAUUUUUAACAAGUUUACUCAUAUUCUUUAUGGUUUACUACUAUGGUGGUGUUCUCAAAAAGCAGACAAAACACAAUUACAAGGUUGAAUCUAAAGGAAAUAUCUUUGUGCCACAGAAGUAUUUACAAAAUUGAAUGUAAUCGUUAUAUUUUACUUUCUAAUACAAGGUAUUCCCUUUUAUAUCAUGGAUUAAAAUUUAUAGUGAACUUUA